CUUGAGACCCAGUAUUUAUCAAGGUCUCUCCGAUCGCAUCGUCUCCCAUCCCAUCAGGAUCAUAGUUUUCUAUAGUAUCCUUGAUUUGGGUCUAGAAGGUCUCAUAGACUUCAAGUUUCUGUCAUCUAUACGUUCUACUGCCUCUCAACGGCAGCAUAUCUCGAGCCGCGCAGUUUCCUGCUCGUGAAUUCCUUCGUCACAUUCCCAACCACACACAGCCUUCCCUGAUGAGAAGACGGUAGAGCAACGCUUUGCCCUUAACUCUUUACUUUUUCGCAUCACUCUUCUGCCGCAAAUGCCCCCGCGCGACUGACAGGCACGAGAAAAUCCAUAAUACCUACCCGAUUGAAUUAUUAGGAAGCGUUUGUCAACAUGGGUGUUCCCAAGUUCUUCAGAUGGCUCUCUGAGCGAUAUCCUGCCAUUUCACAGCUCAUUGCUGAGAAUCGUAUCCCCGAGUUUGACUGCCUCUACUUGGACAUGAAUGGCAUCAUUCACAACUGCACGCACAAAGAUUCUGGCGAUAUCCAGUUCCGCUUGACCGAGGAGGAGAUGUUCAUUGCGAUAUUCAAUUAUAUCGAACACCUCUUCGGCAAGAUCAAACCGAAAAAGCUAUUCUUCAUGGCCAUAGAUGGCGUCGCCCCGCGAGCAAAGAUGAACCAGCAACGCGCGCGCCGGUUCCGGACAGCCCUGGACGUCGAGAAGGCAAGAGAAAAGGCUAUUCGGGAAGGCAAAGAGCUUCCGAAGGAGGAGCCGUUUGACAGCAACUGCAUUACUCCGGGCACCGGAUUCAUGGCCAAGCUGUCCGUUCAGCUGAGGUACUUCAUCAACAAGAAGGUCUCGGAGGACAAGGAAUGGCAACAACCCGAGAUAGUCCUCUCCGGUCACGAAGUUCCCGGAGAAGGAGAACACAAGAUCAUGGAGUAUAUUCGGAAUGCCAGGGCCCAAUCCGACUACAACCCCAACGUCCGACACUGCCUAUACGGGCUCGAUGCCGAUCUCAUCAUGCUGGGGCUCCUCAGCCACGACCCGCACUUCUGCCUACUUAGAGAAGAGGUCACAUUCGGUCGUCAGUCAAAGUCAAAGUCCAAAGAACUCGAGCAUCAAAACUUCUACCUGUUGCACCUGUGUAUUGUGCGGGAGUAUCUGGAGCUGGAGUUUCAGGAGCUGAAGCAGGAUGGUGUGAUGAGCUUCUCAUUCGAUAUGGAAAAGGUCAUUGACGACUUCAUCUUGAUGGCAUUCUUCGUUGGCAACGAUUUCCUCCCGAAUCUCCCCCAUCUGCAUAUCAACGAAGGCGCGUUGGCGACCAUGUUCAGGAUUUACAAGAAGGUCCUUCCGCGGUGCGAUGGCUACCUCAACGAAGGCGGAACAGUCAACCUCAAGAGGCUCGGACUGCUUUUGGAGGAGCUUUCUAAAGAAGAAACCCGUUUCUUCGAGCAUGAGAAUGAGGACGCGAGCUGGCUCCGAGGGAAGAGGAUGCUGGAACAGAGCGAAACAGAGAAGGUCAGGGCGAGGACUAAGGGCAAGCUUGUUGUGACCUCGUCUCAAAAGGCUCUCUGGAAACAGAAGAUCCGAAAAUUCCUGAGCAACCGUGCGCCACAGGCUCUAGACCUUGGGACAGAGCUCAAGGCGGAGGAUCGGAGAUUUGCCCAGGAACUUGCCGAAGCCAUCCGUGUCGAGUGGUCCACGAAGGAGGACGAUGAAGGGAACCGGCACUUUAUCUUGGCUUUCCCUCAGACGCCAGGCGAUGCCGUCGAUGCCGACGACGAAGAUGAGGAGGCACAGGCGGCUGUGCUUCGGGUCGUUCGAAAAUACGACAACGCCCAGGUCAUCGACCUCACAGCUGCGGACGCACAAACAGAGAUGGAAGCCAAAUACAAGCAGAAAUUCCAAGAGUGGAAGGACGAGUAUUACUCUCAGAAGUUUGAUGACUGGACCGAUGACAAUAAGGAGGACGAGCUCCGGAACCUGGCGGAGAACUACGUCCAAGGUCUCCAGUGGGUGCUCUACUACUACUAUCGUGGUAUCGCAUCGUGGCCGUGGUAUUACCGCUAUCAUUACUCGCCGAUGAUAUCAGACGUCACCAAGGGCCUGAAUGCGGAUCUAAACUUCCGCCUCGGGCAGCCCUUUAGGCCAUUCGAGCAGCUCAUGGGUGUGUUGCCAGACCGGAGCAAGAGUAUCGUCCCUACGGUCUAUUGGGAACUCAUGACGGAUCCCAAGUCGCCAAUCAUCGACUUCUACCCGAGAGAUUUCGAGCUAGAUAUGAAUGGCAAGAAGAUGGAGUGGGAGGCUGUCGUCAAGAUCCCCUUCAUCGAGGAGAAGCGUCUUUUGGAUGCCAUGGCCCCGAAGAACGAAUUGCUCUCUGACGAAGAGAAAGCGAGGAACGACUUUGGAGUCCCCUUGAAGUUCACUUACUCCAAGGGCGUAGAUUUCAUCUACCCCACCUCUCUUAUUGACGUCUUCCCCGACAUCCCCCACUGCCACUGCGUGGAGAACAUCUUCGAUCUCCCCGUGGUCGAGGGGUUGGACUACCGUGUCGGACUCACGGACGGAGCCCUGCUCAAUGUUUCCGCGCUGGCGGGCUUCCCCACUCUAGCCACCCUCCCUUACACUGCUACUCUGGGAUUCCACGGCGUCAACGUCUUCCAGCAGGACAGCCGCAAUGAGAGCAUGGUUGUCACGGUAUCCGACUCGGAGAUCCGUACCAGCGUCGAGUCCGCUAAAGUCAAGCUGGGCCAGCGCUGCUUCGUCGGCUAUCCUUUCUUACAGGAAGCCAAGGUGGCUCGAGUGUCGGACGAGCUCUUCGACUAUGUCCUGUCGGACGACGGCUCCAACCAGAUUAUCCAGAGACACCACACACCGAGAGAGAUCGAGGACUGGUCCAAGAAGGCAGGGAAGAUUGAGAAUUUCUACAGCAAGCGCUUAGGUAUCCUUAUCAGUCGGGUUGAGUCGAUGGUCCACGUCGACAUGCUUCGCGGGUUGAUGAAGACGGACGAAGGGGCAACGAUCAAGGAGUACGGAGAUAUUCCGGGCAUGGAAACCGACUACGCCUCCCAGAUCAUCGUCGACGAGGUCGUGAACGAGGACGAACGCUUCCUGGAGCAGGCAGCGUUGCCACUAAGCGAAGAAUUCCCCGUCGGCUCGCAUGCAUUCUUCCUCGGGGAAUACAACUACGGUCGGCCGUUGGAAGUCAUCGGAUAUGCGGACAAGAAGUUGGAGAUCUGGCUCUCUGCCCUCAAGGAGCGUGAGCCCGAUUUUGCCCCGUCGAUCAUAGCAAGGGCCGCGAGGGCCAAUCAUUACACCCCGUCAUAUAUGGUGGCCAAGCAAUUGGACCUGCACCCGCUCGCUCUCAGCAAGAUAACCUCGUCGUUCUUCAUCUCGACCCUGGGGGAUCUUAGGGUGAACCUGGGUCUCAAUUUGAAAUUUGAGGGAAAGAAACAGAAGGUUCUGGGCUACUCCCGUAAGUCCUCGACCGGCUGGGAGUUUAGCCCGGCAGCCAUCCGCAUGCUGGUCGACUAUAUGACUAGAUUCCCCGACUUCUUCGCCGCUGUGAAGAGAAAUCCUUCAGGUAACGAGGUCAGGGAGACAGAUCUCUGGCCAGACGCGGCUGUUGCGUCAGCCAGGGUCAAGGAGAUCGGCGCAUGGCUGAAGACCCUGAAGACAAGCGAGUUGGAGAGGGUGCCUCUUGAUGCCGAACAACUCGACUCGGAUGUGGUCAUGCAGCUCUCCGAGGCCGCAGACCAGCUGCAGCUGAGCCAGCUGCCCCAGGCGUCUAAGAAGAUGAAGGGCGUGCCACGCAAUGCCCUUAUGCGGCCUGCCGAUGCAGAACAUCGGCUCGGCAACCAGCGAUUCAGCCUGGGCGAUCGGGUUGUCUACGUUGCUGCGUCCGGCAAAGUGCCGAUCGCAGUUCGAGGAACCGUGGUCGGCAUUAGCCGCACGGCUACUGCUAAGCUUCUAGAUGUCGUAUUCGAUAUCACGUUCAUGAGCGGCACCACGCUUAGCCAGCGUUGCCCGAGCUUCAGGGGCCAGACAGUUCCGUCAACCACCGUCUUGAACAUCACGACUAGGCAGGUCGUGGCGGGGUCCAAGGCUACAAUGGCACGACAGCCCAUAGCUCCUUCACUGACCACCCUGACAAGCCACGGCGGCUAUCAUACCCCCAACGGCAAGCAAUACCGCGACGCACCGGCCCCUGCUCCAUUGCGUGGCGGUUGGCGUGGCGCGCUGGACGGGGGCGGCCGGGGCAGGGGUCGCGGCGGCGCCUCACAGGCUCAGCGAGGGAGCUUGAACCUGCUCCCCAGCCACCUGGUGUACCGGCCCUCUCCGCAACAGGCGCAACAUGAUCAGAUGCAGCAUGGCGCCGGCUUCCCCAACGGGCCGCGUCACGACCUCAACGGCCAGAGAGGUCGAGGAAGGGCUGCUUUCCGGGGAAACCGGGGAGGGCGUGGAGGAGGCUUUGCCGCCCCGGGAGCGGGGAUGGUCGAUGAUGGCGCGGGCAACUUCCAGCAGGCUGCGCCGCAAGGAUUAUACAACGCCGUCCCGCCCCCCACCAACCUGGACGCGCGCGGGGGUGGUGGCAGGGGUCGCGGGCGCGGUCGUGCCCGGGGGGAAUUCCGCGGGCGCGGGAGAGGCGCCCGAGGCGGCGACAACAAUUCUCCCCAGCCGCAGGAUCCAACUGCCCAGAAUUAGGGAUGAGGGCGGACUAGGAUGGCUGGCUGGCUGGAAAGGCUGCGGAACCAUAUUAUUUUGCUGCGCGCUACUGCUGCACCCUUCUGUGAGUCCAACAGGAGCGUCAAACUAUGAUACGGUCGGAUACUAUAGGUAGGUAGGUAGGUAAGUAGGUGGGAGGAUGGGUUAGGUCCAUAUCUUGUCAGGACCAAAGCAGGACUACCUUCAUAGGCAGGUUCCGUGGAUUUGCUAGGUAGCUAGUUAGCUUCCAUGAUGGUCCAGAUGGUACCUAUAUAGGAGCACUCCAGGUAGUCACAGUCUACAACAGGAAAACAAAGAUAGCAUUCUCGCCAAGAAA